AUGCCAGAUUACUUUCCACCUUUCCCCCAGAACCUGCGACUGGGACUGGCUUAUGCUAGCGGGAUUGUUUUUGCGCAGAACAGAACUCACGAUGGAGCUGAAAAUCGGCAAUACAAUUACGGAGCAGCGAAUGAACUGCUGUCAAAUCUCCCCCUCCAAAUGCUGCUCUACUUUAACAUCUUCUACUUUCCUUGCUGGUGGCUUUCUGAGAUGUUCAUGCUGGAAGUGAAGUUUUCUGUUCUGCCGGGGUACUACCAGGGUAUUCUGGUGACAGGAGUCAUCUUGAUUACAGCAUUUGAGGCACUAAGGCUUUAUCUUGGUUAUGUGGGCAAUCUGAACGAAAAGAUCCCUGAGCUCGCUGGCUUUUGGCUACUCAGCUUCCUGUUCCAGCUGCCCAUCCUACUCUUCUUGCUGACCGACGAAGGAGCCAUCAUCCUCCCGCUGGAGAGGGCCGUUCACUCCGUCUACCUCGUCUUCCUGCUCUCUGAGCUCGCGGCGGCUGCUCUGGCCCUCAGGACCAUGAGCCGGAAGCUCAGCCUCCAGUUUCGCCUCCGUCAGUUUGGGGAGGUGCAGUGCAGCCGGCCGGCAGACAGGAGCCCGGCGUUCAGUCUGCCUUACAGGAGAAGCGUGUUUCCAGUGUCUGCAGCCGGGGACGUUCAUCUGUGA